AUGUCACAAGAGGAGAUCAACAUCGAAUGGGAACACCCAGAUAUCUCAAAGAUCGAGCACCGCGUGGUGAACAAAGAGCUCGAGUUGAAACGUGUGCUCAUCAACUUGAUCCUCUUGCUAGUCACAAAGCUCGUGUUGAACGUGGCCAAGCUGGUGCUGUUCAAAUUGGACUACACGGUAGAUUAUUCAACGUUGAACAAGUUACGAAUCGCAUUUCAACUACUAUUUGCAUGGAACAUCGUCUCGGGGUUAUACAGAGUGUUCAAGCCACAGGAUGAUUUCAAGGACUUGAAGCUGAACAAUCAACAGAGAGAACUCUUGGGGUUAAAGGAGAUUCCAAUCACCGAGCCUGAUCAGGUUGCUAAACCUGCUCAAGUCAUAAACACCACGCCGUUGAACUCUCCAAAGACCAAGAAACAACAAGGCACCCCAAUUGCGUCACCAAUGUCCUCCCAACCUCUACCACAACUUUUGUCCCCACACAAGGCUUCUCCCCUGAGACAAGAGCAAGCCACUGACAUCAACAAAGCAAAGGAUCCGGUCACAAGUCUGAAGAUAACACCAACGUAUAUACCUUCACCUAAGUACUACUACAGAAUGGAUUCCCCAACCAAGUCAAGAAGAAGGGUUUGA